CUAUUAUUUUAAUUUCAAAAUAAAAAAUGAAUUUUUUUUUUCUCGGCGAUCCAUCGCUGAUAUAAAGAGCUCGAUCGUUUAAACCAAACCCAAACCCAUUUUUGAACAGAUUUAAAAGAGUUGGAUUUUUGGGCAAACCGAAAAACCCAUUUGAUCUGCCAUGGCGGCCAUACCCAUUUCCCGGCGACCAGCCUUGACAGUUCUCCGAGAGCAAUUCCUCAGACCCAACCGCAACUCCAAACCUCCUCCUCCUCCUCCUCUCAGGUCCUCCGAUGCCGAAAAGCCCAAAUCCCAAGGCAGCAAAACCGCCAAAGCCAUGGCGUCGCUCAUCAACUCCAACCCAUGGUCAUCUCGCCUCCAGUCUUCUCUCUCUUCUCUCUCUCCCUCCAUCUCCACCACCACCGUCUCCCAAACCCUCCGCCGCAUCAAAACCCCAACCCAAGCCCUCAAAUUCUUCAACUGGGCCGAAUCAAUGGGCUUCUCCCACAACGCCCAAUCCUUCUUCAUGUUGCUUGAGAUUUUCGGCCGGAACCGGAAUCUCAAUGCCGCUAGAAAUCUCUUGUUUUCAAUUGAGAAGAGGUCCAAUGGGAAGGUUAAGCUCGAGGACCGGUUUUUUAAUAGCUUGAUUAGGAGCUAUGGGGAAGCAGGGUUGUUUCAGGAGUCUGUAAAGCUUUUUGGGACGAUGAAGUCGAUGGGGAUAUCGGCUUCUGUUGUUAGUUUCAAUAGUUUGCUUUCGAUUUUGCUUAAGAGGGGAAGGACUAGUAUGGCUAAGAAUGUUUAUGAUGAAAUGCUUGGGAUGUAUGGAGUUACGCCCGAUACGCAUACGUUUAAUAUUUUGAUUAGGGGGUUCUGUAUGAACUCCAUGGUUGAUGAGGGUUUUCAUUAUUUUAAGGAAAUGUCAAGGUUGAAAUGUGAGCCGGAUGUGGUUACUUAUAAUACGAUUGUUGAUGGGUUGUGUAGAGCAGGGAAGGUUGAGAUUGCGCGAAAUGUGGUGAAGGGGAUGAGGAAGAGAAGUGGGGAGUUGAAUCCGAAUGUUGUUACUUAUACGACAUUGAUUAGAGGGUAUUGUGUGAAAGAAGAUGUUGAUGAGGCUUUGUGUGUUUUGGAGGAGAUGGCUAGUCAAGGGUUGAAACCAAAUGAUAUUACCUAUAAUACUCUGCUUAAAGGGCUUUGUGAAGCAAAGAAGCUAGAUAAGAUCAAAGAAGUCUUGGAGGGAACAAUGAGAGGUGAAGGAUUUACUCCUAAUACGUGUACAUUCAACACACUGAUGCAUUCGCAUUGCAAUGCAGGAAACUUAGAGGAAGCAUUGAAGGUUUUCACAAUGAUGUCAGAGUUACAGGUCCCUUCAGACUCAGCUACAUAUAGUGUUUUGAUACGCAGUUUGUGUCAGCGAAGAGAUUAUGGUAAAGCUGAGGAGUUGUUUGAUGAGCUAUCCAAGAAACAAAUCUUGUUAAGUGAUCGUGGCUGUACACCUGUUGUUGCCUCAUACAAACCUAUCUUUGAGUACUUAUGUAGUAAUGGGAGAACUAAGAAAGCAGAUGAAGUGUUUAGGCAGCUACUGAAAAGAGGAACACAAGAUCCUCCAUCCUACAAGACUUUGAUCAUGGGCCACUGUAGGGAAGGCACAUUCGAAGCUGGGUACAAACUUCUAGUCUUGAUGCUUAGAAGGGAUUUUGUUCCUGAUGUUGAGAUUUAUGAUUCCUUGAUUGAUGGUCUGUUGGAAAAGGGUAAGCCCCUUCUUGCACAACAGACUCUAGAGAAGAUGCUGAAGAGCUCUCAUCUCCCAAAAACAUCUACUUUCCAUUCUAUACUGGCAGCUCUUUUAGAAAUGCAUUGUGCCCGUGAAUCUGCCAGCUUUGUUAUUUUAAUGUUGGAGAAAAACAUUAGACAAAAUAUUAACCUCUCCACAGAUCUUGUAAGGCUUCUUUUCAGUGAGGGAUUGCGAGAUAAAGCAUUUGAGAUUGUAGGGAUGCUGCAUGAUAAUGGAUACUUGAUUAAAAUAGAAGAAGUGGUCAGUUUCCUUUACCAGAGCAGAAAGUUAAUAGAGGCAUGUGAAAUAUUGCGAUUUAGUCUGCGCAAGCAAGCAAAUGUCAGUAUUGAUAUAUUUGACCAAGUUCUAUUAGGGCUAUGUGAUAUCAAUAAGCUUCGAGAAGCAUUUGGCUUGUACUAUGAACUGAUUGAGAAUGGUGACCACCGGCAGUUGCCGUGCUUACAUCAUUUAAAGUCUUCCCUAGAGGUUGCAGGUAGAUCAGUUGAAGCUGACUUUGUCUCUAAAAGAAUGCCAAAACAUCAGCUGGUGGACAAAUUUGGGAAGUCGAGACCUCAACUGUAAGUCUAUGACCAUGCUGUCCAGAGUGCUGAUGUAAUUCUUCUCAACAUUGGGAAUGCCGGAAUGGGCUAUCAGGGUUGUUAUAGUUGUUCAGAGUUGGCUGAACAGUUCUUCACAUCAAGAUAUGUUCUUCGCUUGGUACAGCAUAUCAAGACCUUCUCAGUUGCCCAAAGAUUCUGAUAAUGGGCUACCCACUUCUCUUCGAUGCUUGCAGAUUUUGUGUUGCCCUGCUCUGCAGUGCUUGCCAGAUAGUGGACUACCCUCUUCUCUUUCUCAUCUAAAUAUCGAUGGAUGUCUUUUGCUUAAGAAACGGUGCCAAAGAGAGACGGGUGAAGAUUGGCCCAAGAUUGCUCACAUCAAGUGCAUAUGUAUCAAUUUCAAAAGGAUAUGACAACAACAGAGGGCUUGCAUUCCGAUAAAUUUGGCCAUGUCUCAGAGGGCUUGCGUAUUCUGCGUGUAAGAUCCUAUUGUUUGAACUCAUUGUUGAUUCCACAGUUCUAGGGUCUUGUUUGAACUCCUGAUCGAUGGGUUUGAGAUAAUCGGUUUGCCAACGACAUGCCAUAUGAAGGAGAAACAGACCAUCUACAUUUCCUACGAUUCAUAAAAAGUGAGCAAAAUUUUUUGAUAUGUCAAGACAGAGAUAGGCCAAGGUUAAGAUUGCUCUCAGGACCAAUAUUGCCAUGUCUUGAUGUCUGAGUUAGCCGGUGCUGUUGUUGCUAUCUGAACUUGCAGACUGUUCUUUAUCUCCUCCACUCAAUCACACAAACACAAGAAUAUAUGUAGAUCUUCCAAGCAGAAUGCAAAUCACAGAGAGAUGAGAGCCAAUUUUGGAUCAGCAUCUCAGAAUACUUGUAGCUGUUGGACUCUCAUAAAUUUGAAGUCACUUUGCAUAUCUUCUGGAAUUGAAGAAUGACCUUAAAGGUUGUGGCACUUCAAUAUUAUCUCAGGAGCAAUAAAUUUUGUUAGCCGAAUCUUGGUUGUGUGUAUGGGCAAAAGAUAUGAGUACCACCAGUUUUGCAUCCUCACUGAACCGAACUUGGUCUCCAUCCUUCAUCUGUAAGAUAUCCUUCACCUCAUGUCACAGCAAGGAAAUUCUUUGGCAGACUAUCAACUCACUGACCCUUUAAGACAUUCUGGAGGGCCAUGAGAGGUGUCUUUAUUAUUGUUACUUCAUUCAUUUACUCACAGGCCCUCACAUAGCUGGGGAAACUUUUGCAGUGGUGUCAAGAUUACUAUUGACGGCUUCAAAUUUUAAGGAGCAGACAUAGAAAUAGUACAAAGAAGCAUUUUGCAGUUUGCAGUAUGUAUUAGCUCUAUCUACACCAGAAACUAUGUAAAUUCAGCAGCAACUAGUUCUGUCUAUACUAGUAGACAGUACCAAAUUUUUUUGUUUCUGUAUAAAUGAAUUGAGCAGUUCUUCAUAUAUUUGAUUUUGCUGCCCCUUACAUAAACACUUUUGUACUUAUACAGAUAGAACAUUCCCAUUCUUUUCUUAA